AUGAGUUUAUCGCUUGUUUACCGGGCAGCAAGGUCCUCGCUACUCGCCAAUUCAAUACCACGAAUCUCACUCACGGCUUUCCCAGCAAGACAUGCCUCUCUUUCCGCUAUCAACAGAGGUCUGGUACGGUCCGAAAAGGCCCGGCCACAGGGUGCCCGGUCCGAUAAGUUCAAUGACCUCGCAGAAGGCGGAAAGCGGCUGAACUACGCCGAGAGGAAGAAGGCCAGGCAAGAGCUGGCCAAGCAGCGGCCGAAUUUCAAGAUCCGCAAGGGAAAGAAGGACAUCACCAUGUACCCGGAAAAGGCCAAAGCGCAAUCGCGCCAGGCCCGUUUCUACGAUCCAAAGUCAUCUUUCGGCAAGAAGAGCCUGGUUUACAAGAUGAAGACGGGCCAGUUAAGCGAGGAACUGAAAGCUUUACAGCCGGAAGACAGCGGGUCCACAAACUCAGCCUUUGAACGCACCGGACUACGGCCAGACUUGCAGGCGCCUCGCCGGACUGCCCGAAAAUCAGCGCGGCGUCGGGACGGAAAAGGUGAUAGAGACAUGGUCGAUGCCGCCGAUUUUAUAGCCGCGCUAUCACAACCUGCACAUUCCAGCAGUGAUGGCGGCCGUCGAGAUGCUCCAUCCCGUAGUCGAGACGGUGCCGGAAGUACAUCUGCCGCUGGUAAACACCGAGACGCCCCUCCCCGGGGUAGAGACAGCUUCGGGGGCAAAGACGCUUCUCAAACCAGGGACAGCUUUGGAAGCGGAAACGCUUCCAGAGACUCCUCGUUCAAGACUAGGGACAGCUCUUCCAAGGCCCAUGACACCUCUUUCAACGUCCAUGACACCUCUGCAAGACCUAGACCCUCUCCUCGGCAAGAAAGAGACGGAUCCCGGGAUUUUUCCCGCCGAGACAGAGACACCGACCGCAGGUUCAGAGAUGCUCCCCGACCGGAGCGAGACAGCUUCGCACCCAGAGACUCCCCUCGCCGGGACAGGGAGUACGAUCGAGAUUUUGAAGGCGCACCCCACCCGGAGCAAGAUACUUCUUCACUCAGAACCGAUCAGGCGCUCUUCUCCAUCACCUACACGACGGCAGCCUCUCAGUUUCUCUACGGCAAGUCCGUGCGCAAAAACAUCCCCACCACCAUCCUCGGCGAAGACGGCAUGCGCCUCCUCGACAAAAUGGCCAGCUCCCGCCCCCACAACGGCUUCGUCCUCGAAGCCUCCCCGCUCCCGCAACCCCCCCUCACCGCCCUCGCGCCCGUCCCCGAAGACUACGCCAGCAACCCUCGCUGCGCCAUCACCCUCGGCCACCAAUCCGCCGAAGAAGCGGCCAUCAACGGCCACCCAACCUCCAUCCCCACCCUCUCCCCCACGCACAAACCACUCGUCCUCAUCCUCGACCAGAUCCUCGACCCGGGCAACCUCGGCGCCAUCCUGCGUACCGCCAGCUUCCUGGGCGCCACCGCCGUCGGCAUCACCCGGCACGGCUCCGCCCCGCUGACCCCCGUCGCGCUCAAGGCCUCGUCGGGCGCUGCCGAGUCCCUGUCCCUCUUCUCCGUCUCGUCCCUGCCCGAGUUUCUGAACGCCUCCCGCGCCAAUGGCUGGGCCGUGUACGCGGCCGUCGCGGAGGGCCCGUCGAGCGAGAGGAGGCAGCGCCGCCAUGUCGAUGUGCGCGAUGUGACCGAGACGGAUCCGUUGAAGCGGGAGCCGUGCGUGUUGUUGGUGGGAAAUGAGGGCGAGGGGUUGAGUAGGCUGGUGGUCAAGAAGGCGGAUUAUGAGGUCAAUGUUCCGAACUUGGCCAUGCCCGGGAGUGGGGUAGACAGUUUGAAUGUCAGUGUGGCGGUCGGGUUGUUGUGCUCGGCGUUUUUGAGUGGGGUGAGCAGGGAGAUGGGAGGGUUUGGGGCGUUGAAGGGGCUGGGAGGGGGUGGAGAGGGGGUGAAGGAGAAUUUGUGGUAG